UCGUACGCACGCCGAGUGUUCUCGUCCAGAUCUGCCCUAGGUUUCUUGUGGGCUCGCUGCCUCCCCGCUUCCCCCGCCGUGGCGCGAUGUCGCGCCCACCCGCCGCCGCCCAACCCAACUCCACCGUCGCCGCCCAAUUCAAUCAACCGCUGAAUGCUGCGCCCCCCACCCCCAGGCCCAACCCUGCCCCGUUCGCGGUUGCUGGUCCCUUCCAGCCCCUCGGCGUUCCGCGGCCGGCGCCGUUCCCGGCGCCCUUCUACCACACGUGGCGGCCGCCGGUAUUUCCGCCCGUCUUGCCACCCGGCGCUUUCCGCGGGCCUCGCGUAUACCAGCCUCCGCCACCACCGUCGGGUGGAUUUCGGCCACACACAGGCACCCCCUUUAACCCGUUCGGUAGGUUUAAUUAUUGCGGCGAGCAUUGUUGACCCCUUUUGCUGGAACACAAUUUUUGGAACUGACUUGAACAAUUAGAAGGGAUGGCUGAUCCAGAUUCUAGUGGUUUGUUCUUUUUGCAGGUAGAGAUUUGGUUUUAGAAUGUAGAAAUGGCCGCAUUUGUAUUAUGAUUCACAAUUUUGUGUUGACUGACUGCUUCUCUGUAACAGUAUUGGUUGUGCCGUGAUGCACUGCCAUACGAGAAAGGCGAGCCUUGUUUGUUUCAGAAGAUCUAAUGAUCUUACACGACCUUUGGUGUGUUUUGGUUUGCUUCCACGACCUUUAUGUGUUUGGGCUUCUAGGCUUCCGUCCAAGCCACACAUAUCCUCCUGUUAGUGUGUUAUCACAUCAGCGGCCAGCGGUAAUUGAUGGAUCUUUCAGUCCUGGAGCCAUGACUAGACCGCCUAUCACACCUGUUCCUCCAGCUGAUGUUUUUGGUCCUGGAGCCGUGACAAGACCACAACCACUCAUCGAACUUGUUCCUCCAGCUAAUGUUUUUGGUCCUAGAGCCGUGACUAGACCACUUACGACACCUGCUCCUCCAGCUAAUGUUUUUGGUCCUGGAGCCGUGACCAGACCACCUAUCGCAUCUGUUCCUCCAACUAAUGUUUUUGAUCCUGGAGCCAUGGCUAGACCACCUAUCACACAUAUUCCUCCGGCUAAUGUUUUUGGUCCUGGAGCCGUGACUAGACCAUCUAUCGCACUUAUUUCUCUAGCUAAUGUUUUUGGUUCUGGCGCCAUGGCUAGACCACCUAUCACACAUGUUCCUCCGUCUAAUGUUUUUGGUUUUGGAGCCAUGGCUAGACCACCUAUCACACCUGUUCCUCCAGCUAAUGUUUUUGGUCCUGGCACCGUGGCUAGACCACCUAUCACACAUCUUCCUCCAGCUAAUGUUUUUGGUUUUGGAGCCAUGACUAGACCACCUAUCACACCUGUUCCUCCAGCUAACGUUUUUGGUCCUGGAGCCGUGACUAGACCAUCUAUCGCACCUGUUCCUCCGGCUAACGUUUUUGGUCAUGGAGCCAUGACUAGACGACCUAUCACACCUGUUCCUCCAGUUACUGAUUUUGGUCCUGAAGCCGUGACUAGAUCUCCUAUUGCACCUGUUCCUUCAGCUACUGAUUUUGGUCCUGAAGCCGUGACUAGAUCUCCUAUUGCACCUGUUCCUCCAGCUACUGAUUUUGGUCCUGAAGCCGUGACUAGAUCUCCUAUUGCACCUGUUCCUCCAGCUAAUGAGCCACAAUUUAAAGUAUAUGUUGGCAAGAUUGCAUCAACGGUGGAAAAUGAUUUUGUUCUUUCUCUUCUUCAGAUCUGUGGGCAUGUAAAAAGUUGGAAUCCAGUCACAAAUCCAAUUGAUGGAACUUGUACUGGGUUUGGCUUUUGUGAUUUUGAAUCUGCCGAAGGCUGCCUUCGUGCAUGGCGGUUGCUCAACAAGCUGAGUAUUGAUGGUCAAGAGCUGUUGCUUAAUGUCAAUGAAGCCACGAGAGAGCACCUUCAGAAAUAUGGUCAGAAUAGUACAGAAGAGAAGGCCAAUGAAGCAGAUGAGGAUGCUAUGCAAACGAUACACGGUAUGGUUGAAGAGAGAAUGAGGAGUAAACUUCCGGGUUCACCAAUCCCGCCCGUUCAGGUAUCUGCAAGCAUCGCUGAUGAGAUAGGCAAUGGUGAUACAAGGAGUGAUGCACCGGAACAAAGGAAAAUCAGGAGACAACGUGAAAACGAGGAACAUUUAAGGGAUAGUAAAGUUGUUUGUUUGCAAGGUUGGAAAGAUAGAGAAGUGACUUCACCUGGAAAGUUUUCUCUGCAAAUCGAUGCGAUAUCAUCAAUGUAUGUUCCCAUGGAGUGUGAAUCUACAGUUGAGCACGAGAGGAAACGCCAGCACAGGGAAAGUGACUGUAUUUCAUCAAUGCACGUUCCCAUUGAGCGUGAAUCUACAGUUGAACACGAGAGGAAACGUCAGCACAGGGAAAGAGAUGUGUUUCAUAAGAGAAAUGGUGAAGGAAAGGACAUUGUAUCUGUAUCAGGACUAGUCUCAGAUAAGCUAAACAGCAGUACCCCAGGAAAGAGAGUGAGUUUUGAAUUGCAAGCUACAUCCAAGUCAGGGAACAAGGAAACUUUGGAUGAAGAACAGUUGCUUGCUGCUGUCCCUAAGACAAAGGAAGAAUUAUUUGCUUAUGAUGUUAAUUGGGCAAUUUAUGAUAAGCAUGGAUUGCAUGAGAGAAUGAGGCCUUGGGUUUCAGAGAAGUCCACUGAAGUUUUCGGCGAGGAAAUAGCAGAAUUUGUGGAAUAUGUUGUUGCAUCAACCAAAGAGCAUGUUGAUGCACCAAGAAUGUUGGAAACCCUUGCAUCUCUUAUGGAUGAUUCUGCAGAAAAUUUUGUCCUCUCGUUGUGGACACAGCUGAUAUUUGAAAUUAAGAAAGUUGAAACCGGAUUAGCAUGAAGACCAAGGGAAUGCCACAAUGUCAGUUCCUUGUUGCUCAAGAUCGGUGGGUAAUCUCAAAGCAAUCGGCUCAGUUCCUUCUCGUUGCUUAAGGUUGGUGGGUAAUCUCAAAAGAGAUUGGCUGAUGGCGACCCUCCCUGGCUACCUAUUAGCUGCAAUUGUUGAUAUCUUGGAAUGAAGCAGUCAAUCUGGGCACUGUGUUCUGGCUAUCCUGAAUCUUUUGCUGAUGAGUGUAGAUAGACUUUGCAUGUUGACAUUAACAGUGAGCUGUUGGCGAGAUUAGUUUGUGUUGUAAGUGGAGAAGAAGUGAAAUGGGACUCUUUCAGCGUGUCCCCCAUGCGGGGAGUCUCUUCAUAGAUAUGUAAAAUUGAUAACACAUAUUUAUUCGGACUUGCUGAGUUUUGAUCCUCCAACAAGAUUUGUGCUGUUGUCGAUAGAAUUGUAAGAGCUAUGUUGUGUUA